AUGUUUUACCAACCUACGGAAUUCGGAAAAUGUGGUGGCCAUCGCUUGAUGUGGACCUUUCAUGCCGAAAAAUAAAAGUGCGAGCCAUUUGUUUUCUCCAACUGCAGUGGCAAUGAUAAUCGCUUCUUUACCAAGGAAUCCUGCGAGAACACUUGCGCUUCAAUGAACUCCCGAUUUCCACUUAUGUUACCAAUAAACCAAUAA